UGUGCCUAUAUAUCUUUUGUUAUUAUCUUUUAAACAUUUGUCUACUGGUUCAUAUACACGUACCAAAGAUAGCCAAAUCUGUAAUGUGAUGAAUGCCGGACAAAGAACCAUGGUGAUGUUUCCAAUAGCUCUUUUCGUAUCGCCUAGCCCUUCUCCUCCUUCUAGCCUAUUCUCUCUCCUAUCCCGAGUCAACGUUCCCGUAGCCCAUCCAUUCCGCCAAGAAAAAAAAAAUAAUAAGAACGUUGCUCAAUUGCUUGUUACUGCUGUACGACGUGCAGAAAAAAAAAUAAAGAGCAAUUUAAAUUUGAAAUCCAAUGAUCCAAUGAUGUCCAUGUCGUGUCAUGUUCGCAGUCGUGCUAGUUGUUGCUUGACCUUGUGUUAUUCUCGGCUGAUUGCGCCACCACAUUGGGAAAGAUGUUGA